CUAAUGAUUCAUGUAAUGUUUACAAUCUGUUGCGCUUCUUGGAGGCUGACAUGUUUCUGUCCCGCAGAAAAUGACGCGCUUGUUUAUUGAUUGGUGGAUAAAUCAGAAGCACGAUAAUCUAUGACGUUCUGCGUAUGGCGAGAUAACGGAUUAGGAAAUUUAUCUAAAAUCGAAGUAUUCACAGCUGGAGGAUUGUUUUGAAAUGUAUAUCAAUUCAAGCCAGAAUAUGUAGCGUAUUGACAGUUAUAUUUUGUAGUCACUUCAUACACCUAUAGCUUGUUUUCAUGGAGAAACAUUCGCGUAAUGCUUGUGAAUUGACCCUUGUUGAGUGACAUGAAAGGAAAAUAUUGAGAGAAAAUGGAGUUAUAUGUGAUGUAAAUAUUCGAAGAAAGAAAAAAAACAACAACUGUAUUUCUGCAUGAUGUAUUUGAAAUGGGCUACAACAUAAUUACAAUAUGGCUGACUUGUGAAUUUAGCAGACCUAAUCUUUGUAUCAAUCACUGAAUACUUGGAACUACCUAAAGAAUUUUAUGUAUGAAAGUUGCUUGAAAUAGCCAAAUCAGGAUGUUUAUUUCUAAGAUGGAAGAUAGAAAGAUCGGAUUAUUUUUUGUAAUGUCAGCACUUUUAAUAUCAGAAUGUUAUGGUACUGGAACUUUUUGUGAUGGUAAUCGGGAUAAUUUUGAUAGUAAUAUUCACCCCAGUGCUAUUCCUACUGGCGGAAAAGAAGCAGGAAAAUACCUGAAAGUGAAAUCGGCACAAGAUUUGGUGACAUGUGUGAAUAGUUGUUGUCUUACAACACUAGAUAACUGUGACAUCGUGUUUUUUCACCAACAAGUGUGCUACUGGAUUAAGUGCAACACAUCUUUAGUGAAUGGCUGUGAACCCAAAAAUGUAACAGAAGCAAAAUUUAACCAAACAUUUUUUAUAACCGUGAAACAUGUUGUUUAUGACCAUCCAGCAGCUAAAGAAUCGUCGCCACCAACUGUUAAGUCAUGUGAAUAUGGUAUCAGAGAUCAGUGUUCUGAUGAUGAAGAAUGUGUUCUGCGGAAGGAUAACAAAUCAAGAUUUGGAAUAUGUCAUUGUAAGAAGGGACUGGAACGGUCAAGUCUAGGAAACUGUAUUCCUCCAGCUAAUACCACUGUUUCUCCAGAUAAGCAAGAACAAGGCACGACAGCUGCCAUACCUCACAGUACAACAGUAAAAGUAACCAAGUUAACAGUAUCUGCUGGUGAACCUAAAGUUAUACAGCUACCUAAUGAAAAUUCUGUGUCGUUAUCAGCUGCUGUUGUACCCUCUGCACCAGAAGGAGAGGUAUAUCAUUAUACAUGGUCUCUGGUAUCAUCUCCUAAUGGUGCUGAUGAAAAAGGUCAAAUAGCUAGCAAAAAUACAGAUACUGUCAAAAUUAGUAAUUUAAUAGCAGGUGUUUACACGUUAAAAAUACAAGUGACAGGGGAAAAUAAACUUGGUGAGAGCCUAGUCAAUGUUACAGUAUUACCACCUGCAAGAAAGAAUCAAGAACCAGUAGCCAUUAUAAAGCCAACAAAUCAGGAAAUAAAAUUACCAAAUUCUGGUUUACUAGAUGGUUCAGAUAGUAAAGAUGAUGAUAAGAUUGUUAGUUAUCAUUGGGAGGAAGUGAAUGGUCCGUUACAAGCACAUCAGACGAACGGAGAUGCUUCUAUGUUGAAUCUCAAAGGUCUGGCACCAGGAAAUUAUACAUUUAAAUUAACUGUGACAGAUUCUGAUGGAGCUACAAAUUCAACACAAGCCAAUGUCACUGUUGUAAAAGAAACAGAUUAUCCCCCAAAAGCUAAUGCUGGUUCUGAUAUUGUUAUCCGUCUACCUCAAACAUCGGCCGUCUUGUAUGGUAAUGCUAGUACCGAUGAUAAGGAAAUUAAGAGCUAUGAAUGGACGAAAACAUCUGAUAAUAAAGUUACACAAGACGUGUCUGGUGUUCGUACACCAUUUUUACAUCUAAAUAACCUGGAAGUAGGAGACUACACAUAUACAUUAAAAGUAACAGAUUCUAGUGGACAAUCAUCAACAGCUGAUGUUCAUGUGUUUGUUAAACCAGAAAGCAACAAACCACCAGUAGCGAAGACUGCUAAUAAAUUAACUGUAGUUUUACCAGCUGAUAAUAUUAUACUAGAUGGAAGUAAUAGUACAGAUGAUAAUAAACUUACACAAUAUACAUGGCAACAGACAGGAGGCCCAACAGCUUUGCAAAUCAUGAACAGUGAUAGAAUGGUUGCCUCAGCAACAGGUGCAUUGAAUGAGGGCACAUAUGAGUUUGAACUCCAAGUCAAAGACAAUGAAGGAAUUGUUACCUCGGCGAAGUUAACCGUAACCACAAAAACUCAUGCCAAUUUAGCUCCAAUAGCAAAAGCUGGUGGAGAUAAAGUUGUUUAUUUACCACUAUCUUUUAUCAAUCUGGAUGGUAGAGAAUCAACUGAUGAUCAUGGCAUUGUCCAGUACCAUUGGAAAAGAGAUCUCCGUAGCUUAGCAACAGGGGAUAUAAUAAAUGGUUCUGAUAGUCAGGCUGUAUUACAGUUAGUCAAUCUAGUAGCUGGACGUUAUAUAUUCUCUUUAACUGUAGUAGAUAGUGAAGGUCUGUCUAACUCAGAUUCAGCUUCAGUUAUUGUCAAAGAAGAUCCAAAUAGAUUGAAUGCACUAGAAAUGUUGUUAGAUACUGAUGUAAAUGAAUUUACAGAAGAAAAUAAGGAACGUAUUGCCAGUCAGUUAAAAUUAUUAAUACAUCAAAAUAAAGCUGAUGGAGAAACUAUUGUUGAUAUACAACAUAUUGGUAAAGAUAUGUCUACUGGACAUUUACAUAUACAGUUUUUGGUGAAGACAAAGUAUAAAGAAAGUGAAAAGGUUGCUAAUGGUGUAAAGAUAUUAUCUAUAUUAAAACAUAAACUACAACAAGAAAAUGAUAUAUUAGAUUUUAAAGUUAUCUCUAUAGACACUGUUGUUUGUCAAAAUAAUUGUUCUGGCCAUGGUCAUUGUGAUAUAAAGACAAAACUGUGUGUUUGUGAAGCUUUCUGGAUGGAGAAUAUUUUUACCUCGACAUUCUUUCUACAGGAGAGUAACUGUGAGUGGAGUAUAUUAUAUGUAGUUAUAGUCUGUUUUGUAAUAGUCAUAUCAAUAGCUGGGGGAACUUGGGUUAUAAUUUGUUUAUGUAGAUCUAAAAAAUGUAGUUUAUUUCAUUGUAAGUUAAAAACGCGGAAACGUCAUCGUUAUUCUUUAUUAAAUACACGAGAAGAAGAUAUACAUGAAAUGAAAGAGCAUAAAGAUUUACUUCCUAAAGGAAAAAUACAAAACAGUAGUGUUAUGAUGUCUGAAUCAGAUUUUUCCAGUGAAGAAGAAACACUUUUUGUAAAUAGUAAAAAAACUAACGGUCAUGCUCUGAAACCUUUAAACGGUUUUACGAAAAAUCAUUAUAAAUCCAAAUUACGGACAUAGCAUAUUGUGAUGAUGUCAGUGAUGUGUGAGUGAUGUUUUGUAAAUUUGAGCAAUAUGACAGCAAAAAACAAAACAAAAGGUACUAUGAAAAUUAUACAAAAUAUAUAUUUGCAUAUUGUUUACAAAAUGUUAUCCAAUGUUGAAUUUAUUGUUAUUCUGUGACUACUGUGGGCAUUUUGUGUAAAUACACAAUUUUUUAUUCCCUUGCUCAAAAAUUGUAUAACGUCAAAUGUAAAAUUCGGAAACUUAUAUUGGUUGUCUUGUUCGUAACUCUGCUUCCGAUAUAUAGUGUUGUGUUCUGAAACCCCAAAAUUUAUUUCCAAGUGUUAAAAUCGAGAUGUAGAUCACCAAUUUAGACAUGACAAAACAAAAAUGUGGCUUUGCCAACAAAAAGGUAUAAAAUGGAUUGAUUUGUGAUAUCAAAUUUGGGUGUGUGUUAAUAAUGUUCUGUGAACGUGAAUUGAACAUGAUCUCUUUUCUCAUGUGAACAGUUGUUUUAGUGAACAUUUUAUUGAAAUGUUCAUAAAAGAGCUGUGAAAUAUUGUUUAAAGUAUUGAUUUAUAAUAUGAAUAUUUAAAAAUCUGUGCUAUUUGAUCUAUUGCGAAAAAUGUUGAUUGAUAUCUUGUCGGUUCAUCCAGUUGGAAUAUUAAAAAGUUUGUGUGAAGACAUCCAGCAUUGUUAAUUUGUGAUUAUCUGUGAUUUGAGUGAACAGGUACUGUGAACAGCACAUAUCAUUGAAGAAUUACAUUAAAGUCAAUGUAAACUGUUUGCAGACAUUAAGAAAUAUAUAAUAUCCACCAUUUUUGAAAAUGGCGCUCAUGAAAAAAAAGUAUUAAUAUUUUCUAAAUAUUUUAUUAUAACCAACUUUUUAGUUAUACUAUAUGAAAUUGAUUUACUACUGAAUGUUUGUUCUUUGAUUUUCAAUAAUAGUUUGGUGGUUGUGAGCGAUACUUCCAUUUUUAAAUUUUGAGGGGUUUUACUGAUAACAUCAAUACCUGUUUGGACCCUAGACAGGUUUUUCUAAUGAACUGAAAAAAUAAUAUAUUAGACUACUAACUAACUGCCAUGCACUAGAAAGAUAAACAACAAAAAUCAACACAACAUUAGAUAAUCUGUGAUGUAGUGAAUAUUAUUAAAUGAAAAACAACAAAUGCCGCUGACUGUAAGCCUAUACUAUCUUAAUACUAGUGUGUGGAGGGGUAGGUGGACGAAUGGUUUUAUGCAUGCACUUUAGAUCAUAAGGUCUGUCAUUGAUUCAUGUGGCAUACUUUCGAUACCAAACUCUAACAUCUUAGGGUUUUAUCGAGGUCCUCUGGUUUCCUGCCACUGCUAAAGACCCCUAUUUGGGCAAGCGAAUUAUAGAAAUAAAAUUGUACUAUAUGUUAGUCCCGAAAUGACCUUUUUUGUGUUGAGUGGACGUUAAGCCCUGCACUUUCUACCUUUUAUGUGAACAAUAUUUUAACCAAGCCCAAUAAUUCAGAUACAUGUACUGAUAUUAAAAAUAUCCAAAAGUAAACACUAAAGAAAGUCAUAUAUGUGCCAGAUAAAGCCUAAGUCUGAUAAUGUUUGUAACAGAUGCCUUAUUUAUAGGAUUGUUACAGUAUUGUUUAGUAAAUAUACUUGUAUCUGUUUAUCAGUUGGUCAUGAUAUAGAUAUUUCACUAAAUGAGAUUACACUUUUUAACAGUCAAAAACCAGAGAUUAUUUUUGUAUUGUUAAAGUUACUAUAUUUUUUAUGUUUAUUUGCUUUAGUGUAGGAACAUGUACACAUUAACAAUAAGACAGUGCUUUGAUGUAUAUGUAGUAUAUUUUAUUUUCUUUGUUGAUAUUAUGUUUUGUUAGCAGACUAAAGCUAGGAGUCCAUGUGUUUUGUAGUAUAUUAUGUACUAAAUUGUUGAAACUUGUUUCCAUGUGUUUGUAAUCGGUGAAUAACAUUAUGUACUUUAUUGUUGAGACUUAAUUGUUUCCAUGUGUUUGUAAUCGGUGAAUAACAUUAUGUACUUUAUUGUUGAGACUUGUUUCCAUGUGUUUGUAAUCGGUGAAUAACACUAUGUACUAAAUUGUUGAGACUUGUUUCCAUGUGUUUGUAAUCAGUGAAUAACACUAUGUACUGAAAUCUUGAGACUUGUUUCCAUGUGUUUGUAAUUGGUGAAUAACACUAUGUAGAGACUUGUUUCCAUGUGUUCAUCAUCCAUAUAUAUCACUUUGUACGCGUAAUGUGUAUACGCUUAUCCUGGAAAUCUCUCAACAUCAUUCCAGUAUGCAAUAUGCCACUAUACAAUUAUUGCCCACCUGUGUAGGAAGUAUGUAUAUCUCAAACAACAAUAGAGUCAGAGUAUAUAUGUAACAUGGGCUAUACAGGUGUUUAUAGAUCUAAAUAAGUUAAUG